CCUGAAUUCAACAAAAGUAAUACUUUCUACCUCUUCAACCACGUUGAUAUUAUUAUUAUGUAUCACAGGGAAAGUGAAAGAAAUUGGGCUAUUGCAAGAUUGGUUGCUGCUAGACUUGACCCCCAAAGCUAUAAGCAUUCGGAUGAAAACCACCUAACUUGUAAUGGACCCCCUAUGGAAAUUCCUGGAGAACAUACAGAUAAGUUGAGUGUCACCUACACUUACUCUGUGAGAUUUGAAGAAAACAAAAGCAUCAAGUGGGCAUCUAGAUGGGAUUAUAUUUUGGAGUCCAUGCCUCAUACCAACGUUCAGUGGUUUAGGGAUUGUGAAAGCAAGGGGCCUCCGGAUACACUGUGGGGGCUAAUCUCUAGUAGUAGUGAUAUUUAUAGCAUAAUGAGGAAUUUUAAGCAUCCAGUUCACACAAACCAGAUUCCCCGUCAUAUUCCUCAGCAGAAUUUCUUCACCAGACCACUUUUUGGCAUCAUAAUCGGUGGCAUUUUACCUUUUGGCUGUAUUUUUAUUCAACUCUUUUUCAUUCUGAACAGUAUCUGGUCUCAUCAGAUGUACUUCAUGUUUGGCUUCCUUUUCUUGGUCUUUAUAAUUCUCCUGAUUACCUGUUCAGAAGCUACAGUUUUGCUGUGUUAUUUCCAUUUGUGCGCUGAGGAUUAUCAUUGGUGGUGGAGAGCCUUUUUUACCAGCAGUUUUACAGCUGUUUACCUUUUCAUAUAUGCAGUUCAUUACUUCUUUGCCAAACUUCAAAUCGUGGGCAUUGCAAGCAGCAUUUUGUACUUUGGGUACACAAUGGUCAUGGUCUUGAUUUUCUUCCUUUUCACAGGGACAGUUGGAUUUUUUUCCUGUUUCUGGUUUAUUACUAAAAUCUACAGCGUGGUAAAAGUGGAUUAAAGAAUGUCCCCCAAAGGCUUCCAGGCAUGUCACCACUGCUUUCGAAUAUAUACAUCUAUAUCUAU